AUGGCUGUUUAUUACUGCGGAGCACUGAAAGACAGUCAUCUGCUUUUUGGGAAUGGAACUGCACUGUUGCUUAAAGGUAUUGAAUCCAGAGGAAGGAUUAUUCAGCCACGUAUCUCUGAAUCGCUGCAGUCUUACUAUUGUGCAGAGGUGACAUGUGGGGAGAUCAGCAAUGGAAAUGGAACCAAGGAGGACAGUACGGAUGAGAUUCCACCACAGCACAUUGUCCAUAGUUUAUCAGUGACAGUCCAGCUUGGAGAGUCUGUGACCCUGGAGUGCCCUGUAUUGCACACUCGUCAAAUUACUUUGGCUUGGUUCAAGGAAGUCACUGGACAGCCUCCUGUGUAUAUAGUAAAAUAUGAUGGACAAUCAAAGCCUAUCUUUUUGGAUGAAUUUAAUGAUAAAUCCCGUUUCAAAAUGCAAAACAUUGAGAGCAGUUUUAACCUCACAAUUCUAAAUACGGAAUCAUCGGAUAUGGCUGUUUAUUACUGCGCAGCACUGGAAGGCAGUCGUGUGCUUUUUGGGACAGGGACUGUACUGUUGCUUAAAGGUAUUGAAUCCAGAGGUUCCUAUCAGAAUCAGCCUCCGAAUAUCUCUGAAUCAGUGCAGACUAACUGUUGUGCAGUGGCGACAUGUGGGGAGGACAUUAUUGGAAAUGGGACCAAGGAGGCCAAAACGGAUUAUAACCAGAACAUGCACAUACUUGUGAUUCUCUCAUUUGCACGGAGUGGAUGUCUUGUCAUUGCAAUCCCAAUAAUUAUAAUGUUCUUAAGAAGAAAAUAACCAAGAAGUAAGUAUGAGGAAAGAUGAGAUUCUGGCCUGAAGCCCCCAAAAAGGAACAUUUUCACCAAUAAAGAAGCUUAUUCAAUGCUUAUAGAUAUUUUAGUUUUUUUGGUAGGAAUUGUCCAGAUGUCCUGAAUUUACAGACCAGAAACUGAAGCAAACAAAUGAACAAGGACAAAUAUGAAGGAUUUCAUUACUGUGGAGUUAUUCCACUGAGCUGCAGUCUUUUCAUCAUAGUAAAUAUGGCUAAUUCUCCCUGCUUUGCAAAGCAAUCUGUUUAAACUGCUUCACAAUUAUGAACAUUGUAUUUUGUUUUUCCUAAGCAGAUAAGAACUAUGUCUG